GUGCCCGGCACGGCCUGCGGCUGAGGGACAGCUCGGAGCAGCCUCCCUUCCCUCAGGGACAGUGUCCCCAGCUCCUGAGGGACGUUUCCUUGGGACAGUAGUGAGGGCUGGCCCGGGUUCCCCGCCUGGAUCACCUCCAGCCCGGAUCCCCGCCUGGAUCACCUCCAGCCUCUGCGUGGGCAGCGGGAGCCGGAGCUGCCGUCUGAGGGAAAGCGGUGGGAGAGGUCUCAGCGCCGGGGAUGUGAUCCAGGUCACACAAAGUCAGCCUUGCCACAGGACCCGAAGCUGUGGCUCAUUCCCAGGUUUCUCCAGGAGUUCUGUCCUUCAGCUUCUUCUCAAGCAUGCAGUGACCACUGGUGGCUUCCUGCCUCAGGGACCAGGAGAGAAUGCUCCAAUGGAGAGCUUCCAGAAAUGCAUUUUGCUUCCCCUCAUCCUGACUGCCUCGCUGCCAGGUCUGGGCUUUUGUUACUCCAUCACAAAAGGCCCUGAGAACGCCACAGUCCUGGCUGGCUCAGAGGCCAGGUUCAACUGCACGGUGUCUGCAGGAUGGAAAGUCCUCAUCUGGCUCUCCAAGGGCAGUCCUGUCCUCACUGUCCUCAACUCCCAGGGCUCGGUGGAAACCACAGAUCGCUUCACCUCCAGGAACUACAGCAGUGGGGAUGAGUUCACCUCGGAGCUGAUCAUCCACAACACCCAGCUGAGUGACUCUGGCAGGAUUGAGUGCAGCAUCCAGCAACCCAGCCAGAACAACUUUGCCUUUCUCUCUGUUCAAGUUAAUGGAUCUUUACUCAUCAAAAAUAGCACCUUAACAGUAAAAGACAACCAAACAAUUGAGAUUGUUUGCGAAGCCUUAGGAUGGGCUCCAGCUCCAGACAUUGCCUGGAUGACAAAUGACUCUUUGGUUGAUAAGUCAAGCUAUGUUACCCAGCAAAGUCCAGGAUCUCAUGGCCUCCACAAUGCCCUGAGCACCUUAACUCUGACUCCGAGGGACACUGAGGUUUUGACUUGUUUAGCUGACAUAGAAGCACUCCCCAGCCCUCAGAAUGCAACUGUAACUCUUAUUUUUGACAACUCUGCCUCGGAAAAUUAUUACAGUGAAGACAACAGGAGCACGUGGGUUGUUGUACUUGCAGUUGUGCUUUCAUUUCUUGGCAUUGUCCUCCUGGUCGUUAUUAUUGUGGUUGCUGUGCGCUGCUGCCUGAAGAGGAGAGGGUCUACUUAUCAAAAUGAAAUAAGAAAAGUUUCAGCUGAGAAGAAAAAAGAUGGUGAUUUGGAAAACAGGCAGGGGAGUGGCAGUGAAAAUCUGGGAUACAUUCCAGAGGAAUUGUGGAACACAGAGCAAAGCCCAGGACUUUCCUCUUUCCCCCCAGUGUUUUCCAAGUUUGCUGGCCCUGAUGACAAUUUGCACAUCAGUUCUGUACCAAAGGUGCGACCUCAAAGGCGUCCUGAUUAUCUGAUCAGCCCAAAGAAAAUCAGGAAUGUGACACUCGUGUAGGAUGUACUUCUCCAAGAAGUUGCUUUUUUACGUGUUUGGAUGCCUUCAUGCAAUGGAAAAAAAGUUAAAACCAGUUCUCUCAGUUUAACUUAUAAGUUAUUUUCUUUCUUUUAUUUUUUUUUCCUCAUGCAAUGAAAUAAAAUUGCAACCUUUAUAAUGCAGCAUGUGAUAUCACAGCAAAAUAAUGGACAAAAAUGACAUCAGUAGACUGCCCUAAUUUCCAAGACAAUGAAUUUGAUGGGACUGUGGAAGAAGAAUCCAUGUCUUGGGUCCCAAGGAAAUCAGCAAAACUGUCAGACAGGAAUGUUAUGUUACAGCAAGAUCAAGGACUGGAAAUGCAAGAUAUUUAUUAUUUCAGAAAAACUGGUUAAUAAUAAUAAUGGUUAAUACAAUAUCUAUGCUUUAAAACACAUUUUAUGUACAGCUGAUCAUCUUGAGCUUUCAGAUCAACAACAUUUUUCCAUUCCUAUUCUGUAAUAAAAUCAAGGGAAGUUUUCAUGGGGGCUGCUUCAAAAUUUCUAACAAAACUAUCUUUGGAUCAGAAAUGACAUUUCUCCAUUUCAAUACAUUAUUUUAUAAGAAGUAUUUGCCUUAAAAUUCCAUUUCAAAAUAAAACCCAAUCACCCGUGUGCCAAAAAAAUCCUUUUUUAAGAAAAUUGAAAUUCAAAUAUCUUAAGUUGAAAAAUGUAGAUUUGAAACUCUUGACUUUGAAGAGUUGUUGCUUGAAUGUUUUAUGUCUCUGUUCUACUUAUGGGAGGGGUUGUGUCACUGCAAUGGUGGCUUCUGCAAUUCAAUUUGCACAGUGUUUUUUCCUCAGGGAUACAGUUGAUAAUGACCAUGGGAAAUGCAC